UACUCCCCAAGCGGCCCAAUUUUUCGACCUUUUCAAACCUUCACGUCAUUUCCUCUUCUCCCAGCAUCCUUCGUCAGUCCUCCCCAGCCGGCACGGCCAUCGCCACCACCCUCUCCCUCCCACCCCAACAUUUUAAUUCCUCCAAAUUUUACUAAACGCAAGGAUACCCCGUACCGAAUCACAUUCCGACUUUUGAUUCUGAUUACGACACGUAAACACGCCCCUAAAAUAGGGGCAGCCAGGGUUUAGGGUUUAUGGUUUGUGGGGAACCAUGAUUAUUGACAUGGCUACUUGAACCCUAAACCCUGUCAGUUGAACAUCGAAUCGGCGACGGCAGCCUGUUCGACCGUUCUGGGGCUGUGACAUGAAGCAGAGGCCGGAAGGUAAAUCGACGAACCAACCAUGGAACUUUGCUUGGGAGAUGGCGGCGGUGAUAGCAACGCCCUCGUAUUGCCAGCUAAGAGAAACAAAAGGAAGGGCACCAAUCAGGAGUGUGGAAAACCCAGUAAAAGAAGAAAAGCGCCAACGGUUAGCAAAUCCCAGCGGAGGAGGCUCAAGAAGUUGGAGGAGUGUGGAAAACCCAAUAAAACAAAAGCACCAGCGGUUGGCAAAUCCCAGCAGAGGAAGCUGAAGAAGUUGGACGAUGAGAAGGAAAAAGCCCUUUCAAUCUCCAAAAGCAUUGAGGCCUUAGAGAAAUAUAAGCUUCCAGAGACUGCAUAUUCUCUUCUGCAGUCUUCGAAGAACAUUGGCAAGGUUGAGUCUAAAAAGGAGAAAUGUCAAAAGGGCGUACUAUUUUCCAAAGCUGGCUUUGAAGCUUUCGUGACUGACCCCCAACCAUUUAACAAGAUAGAUACUUGUAGUGAAAGUGAACCUGAGGUAGAAAAAACCCUAUCAUGGCGGGAUAUUGGCAAGAAUGAUCAGGUGCAGUCGAAGAUAUUACAAAAAGAAAUCCAAAAGAAGACAACUUUUUCAUUGGACUCCUCUCAAGGUCAAGUUUGUGGCAGAGGGCAAGGCGUCAAUGGCGGAACUGCUGCUACCUCGUCAGUUAUUGAAAAUGCUAUUAGCAACAAACUUGACAUGUCUUUGCAACAAGACACAAACAUUUCUCCCACUUCAUGUGUGAAUUGUGAUGGUGAAAAAUCGAAGACGGACCGCGUAAAAGAGAUGCCAAAAGCAAAUAUCAGCAGGGUGAGUAAAUCAUCAAUUUCUCCUGCACUGAGGCCUCUUAUUUCCCCAACCAUAGUGCAUGUAUCAAGGCCCAAGGAAGUUGAAAGCACAAGGAAGGAUCUUCCUAUAAUAAUGAUGGAGCAGGAGGUAAUGGAGGCUGUAAAUGACCAUUCCACUGUUAUUAUAUGCGGAGAGACUGGCUGUGGUAAAACCACCCAAGUUCCUCAAUUUCUUUUUGAAGCUGGCUUUGGUUCUAGCUCCUCUUCUGCACGAAGUGGUAUGAUUGGUGUUACUCAACCUCGCCGUGUUGCAGUCCUUGCUACUGCUAAGCGUGUGGCAUAUGAGCUUGGUGUACGUUUAGGUAAAGAGGUUGGGUUUCAAGUAAGGUAUGACAAAAGGAUUGGUGAAAGUUGCUCCAUCAAAUUCAUGACAGAUGGAAUAUUACUACGGGAACUUCAGAAUGACUUUUUGUUGAAGCGAUACUCUGUCAUAAUUCUUGAUGAGGCUCAUGAGCGGAGCUUGAACACCGACAUACUUAUUGGAAUGCUUUCACGUGUAAUUUGUACUCGUGAGGAAAGAUAUGCAGAGCAGCGAAAGGAAAUGCAUUUGGGAAGAACUAUAAAUCCUGAUCAACGGAUAUUUCCAUUGAAGCUUGUUCUGAUGAGUGCCACCUUGCGAGUGGAAGACUUCAUUUCUGGUAAAAAGCUUUUUCAUGAUCCCCCACCAGUUAUAGAAGUUCCCACCAGACAGUUUCCUGUAUCCAUUCACUUCUCACAGAGAACUAAGGAAAAGGAUUAUAUUGAGCAAGCAUAUAAAAAAGUCUUGGCAAUUCACAAGAGGCUGCCACAUGGGGGCAUACUCGUCUUUGUCACUGGGCAGAGAGAAGUAGAGUACUUGUGUCAAAAACUACGUAGAGCUUCAAAGGCACCGAGUAUAAAAACAUCCAAAGGGGAUACCAGGAGUUAUGCCAGUGAAGUUUCUGAACUAAAUUCUGCUGAGGAAAUAGACAUGAAGGAGAUUAAUGAAGCAUUUGAGGUUCAUGGAAGUUCAGUGGGCCAUCAAACUGAUAGAUUUAGCUCUAUUGAUGAAGAUCAGUAUGAUAUAGAUGAGGGAUUAGACACUUGUAAAGGCACUACAAUGCGUUCUUACCAAUUUUGGAAUCCCUUGUCUUUACAAUUGUCUCAUUCUUGCGUACAGAGAAUAUCUAGUCGAUUAGCGGAUCUUCUUCUUUGUUUACCGUCAACUUCCACCCUCAAGGACUCAGUCUUGCUUGGGGUUUCAAAGCAGAACUCAAACGGCUUCGCCAGUCAUUACUCACCAUUCAGGAUUUCUUGGGAGCUGUUUCCAACCAACCACAAGAUCGGGUCAAGGCGGUGGAGGAGUGGGUGAUUAAUUUACGAAUGAUUAAAGUUUGCCAAUA